CCUCUUGCCAGAUUGUGCCGGGUCAAGUCGGCGCUGAAAGAUUACUGAGACAGGCUCGCCAGUGCUCAGCCAUCCAGAAUCUUCUAAAACGUACGCCAGUGUUGCCUUGCUGAGAUCAACUUUCCCUUAACAACUCAACGUCCCUCCUCUGCACCCCCGAUAUUCCAUCCUCAGUUUAUUUUGGUGACGCCUCAAGCAACAUCAAACACUCCACAAACUCAACCCCCGCCGCUCUGCUUCUCUCCACCGUAAACCCUCCAUUUCCCAAUAUCGCAUCCACCACUUAUCAGUGAGAUGGACGUCCACUUGCUGGUGUACGACCUCUCCCGAGGCCUGGCUCGCCAGAUGUCUGCCGGCAUUCUGGGGUUUCAGCUUGACGCCAUCUAUCACACCUCAAUCCAGGUAAACGGUCGGGAGUAUGUCUAUGACGGCGGCAUCAUUGCCAUCGCUCCCGGUUCAUCUCACCUCGGCCAGCCAAUGGAGAAGAUGCACCUUGGUACCACAAAUCUACCGAUCGAUGUCAUCGAAGAGUUCCUCGACUCUCUCCGGCCCAUUUUCACUCUUGAGGCAUACGAUCUCUUCCACCACAACUGCAACAACUUCAGCGAUUCCUUCUCCAACUUCCUUGUGGGAAAGGGAAUUCCAGAGCACAUUUCCAAAAUGCCCCAAGCUGUUCUUGACUCGCCGAUGGGCCGUAUGUUGUUGCCCCAGCUCACUCAAGGUAUCAACGCCGGGAGACAGAACGGGUCCAUCCUCGGUCUACAGCAGAGCUCGCAGACACCAGUCCAGAACCAACCCGUCGCUCCACCAAAGCACGCUGUCAAGCUUGUCAAUGAUCUCUCGGAGUUCAAUCGGCUGCUUGAACAAGCACAGUCCUCAUGUGCAGUCGUCUUCUUCACCUCCGCCACUUGCCCACCUUGCAAGAUGCUAUACCCGGUCUACGACGAGCUAGCCCAAGAAUUUGGGGAUAAGGUCACCCUUAUCAAAGUCGACAUUUCUCAACAAGGCGGCCACCAGAUUGGAAGCAAGUUCUCAAUUCGAGCUACUCCAACCCUCAUCACAUUCUUGAAGGGGGAGCAAGAGAACACUUGGUCCGGUGCUGAUCCAGCUAAACUCCGUGGGAAUGUCCAGCUCCUAGUCCAGAUGGCUUUCCCUCUCCAUCCACACGAGAAGUUGCAUCUUCCAAGCUUCUCGAACCCGAAUAUCAAGCCUGUGUUGUAUGCCAAGGUCCCACCCCUAGACAAACUAAUGGCCAAGAUGGGCCAGAGCGUCGCGAACAAGACCGAAGUCCAAACUCUCAAGCAUUAUCUCGAGGUCCGCACCCAGGAUGGCUUACAAGAUGCCAUCGUGCCUGAGAUGAAGCGUCUAUCCGCUCUUAUCAGGGAUUCCGUGGACUCGCUACCCAUUGAGAUCAUGUUCACAAUCGUGGAUUUGUUUCGAUGCGCCCUUUCCGACCCCAGGAUCAGCGGGUACUUUGCGGAAGAGGACAAUCAUCAGACUGUACGGAGCGUGUUGGAUUUGGUCAACAAGCAGACUGACUGCCCAUAUGCUCUCCGUUUAGUCACAUUGCAGUUGGCCUGCAACUUCUUCUCGUCGCCCCUCUUCCCAGAAGAAAUCCUCCGCAAAGAGGAUUUGCGAGCCCCAAUCAUCCAACUCAUUUCCUCUAGCUUCCUCGACGAAAGCCAUAAUAAUGUUAGGGUUGCAGCGUCUUCGCUUCUCUUCAAUCUGUCUCUGGCAAACAGACGAGCCGCACAGGACUCAAAACCGACAUUGGCAGAAGAUGACGAGAUCGAGCUAGCAGCAUCUGUGGUCGAAUCCAUUGGUCAAGAGGAGAAGUCCGUCGAGGCCUUGCAUGGCAUGCUACUUGCCUUGGGAAACCUUGUCUUCCGAACGUCGCUGGAUGGACAGCUGGCUGAUCUUCUCCGGGCAUUGGACGCUGAAGGAACGAUCUUGGCCAAGAAGGCAGCCUUUCCACAGGAGAAGCUGAUUACAGAAGUAGCUGUUGAAUUGCUAAGCAAAGGCCUCAGGAAGGCAUAGUGUGACGGAUCUCGUAUCAUCCAUCCCGUUUCACUCCUGAACUAAUGAAGAUGUAUAUAUUACGCACCCAUGAAUACCAUCAAGAUCUUUUCCCUGGGAGUGGAUAGCCUCCAAGCUUUUGAAAGAAGAUUUGGGCUUUGAGAAAGAUGUCUGACAUGGCCUCCCCAGUCCAGGAAAACGCCGUGUCUGCGAGAGGGCCCUCAAUCUCUCUACACACCCCGCUCACAACCUAAUCUUCAGUAAGCGUAGGUUUAUUUAAUAGAAAUGGCCUCGUUUGACCUACCAGACAGCAUUUCCCCUU